UGCUGGGUCCACAGUGUGUCAUGGGUCCCUGUACCGCCUCCCAUUGCUCCCACUCUGCCAUGUGCCACUUUCAGGUCUCCUCACACUCCUGUUGUUUUCCAUUUUGUCAUAGGUUGCUGGCAGAUUACAGGCCUCCCAUAGGUGCUGCCAGGCCCCAAAUCUGCCAUGGGCCCCCGUACCGCCUCGUCACGCUGCUGCUGGGUCCACAGUGUGUCAUGGGUCCCUGUACGGCCUCCCAUUGCUCCCACUCUGCCAUGUGCCACUUUCAGGUCUCCUCACACUCCUGCUGGUUUCCAUUUUGUCAUAGGUUGCUGUAUGGCCUCCCAUUGCUGCUGCCUCCACCGCCACACUGUGGCUCCAAACACUGGUUUUGGCCCCGUGACUGGCCAAAUGAGUGA